ACGUCGGUCGCGUGACAUGACGUAUGUCAACAGGAGCAGCACCGCUGCUAGCAGCUGGAUUGGUGAUAAGCGACUGCAAAAUAGUUUUUUUUUUCUUAAACAAUGUGAACAUGCUUUUUUGGACAGCUACAAAAGUGGUUGGAGACCUGGCUUUACCUGGGCCAGGUGUACAGGGCCUCUCCGCAAUGUCCUCCAACACAUCGGCGCCCGCCAGUCCCAUGCCAGGUGCGGACAACAGAGGGUGUGAAAACGGUGCGCUAAUGGACUCUUUGGGGAUUUUCCUGCAAGGGCUUUUAGCCGUCCUGGCCUUCAGCAUAUUGAUGUUGAAACGCUUCAGGGAGCCCAAGCAUGAACGAAGGCCCUGGAGGAUCUGGUUCCUGGACACCUCUAAACAGGCCAUUGGGAUGCUGUUCAUUCAUUUCGCCAACGUUUACCUGUCGGACCUCACCGAGGAGGAUCCCUGCUCUCUAUAUCUCAUCAACUUCCUUCUGGAUGCGUCGUUGGGGAUGCUGCUGAUCUACGCCGGGGUGAGGGCCGUCAGUGCUGUGGUGGAGUGGAGGCAGUGGGACUCUCUGCGCUUUGGAGAAUACGGAGAGCCGGUGCAGUGUUCUGCCUGGGUGGGUCAGUGUGCUCUCUACAUCCUCAUCAUGAUGUUUGAGAAGGUCGUCAUCAUGCUGGUCCUUCUCAUCCCCCAGUGGAAGAAGUUGUCCCUCCUCAACCCAAUAGAUAAUCCUGACCUCGAGUUAGCCAUCGUCAUGCUCAUUGUUCCGUUCUUCAUCAACGCCCUCAUGUUCUGGGUGGUGGAUAACUUCCUCAUGAAGAAGCACAGGACAAAAGCCAAGCUAGAGGAGCGAGAUGAGGACCUCCGGGGGAGCAGCAAGGUGCGGUACCGGCGGGCCCUGUCCCACGACGACUCGGAGUCCGAGAUCCUCUUCUCAGCCGACGACGAGAUGGACGACUCGGACGAGGACGACGUGCGGCGUCUGAGCGGCCUGAAGGCGGUGAAGAAGAAGAAGCAUCGCAUGGGGAUCCCUCCUGGUGAGGUGAAAAAGAAGAAGCGACCAGUUAUGAAGGAGGAGGACCUGAAAGGAGCACGCAGCAAACUGGGCCUGAGGGGCGAAGUCAAGAGUAAGACGUAUGAGGUCAUGGUGGAGUGUGAGCGCAUGGGGAAGGUUGCUCCAUCCGUGUUCAGCGGCGUCAGAUCCGGAUCUGAAACGGUCCUGGAGAAGCCCGGAGGUCCGGGGGGGAGCGUUUUCUCCAAAUGAAAACUAUGCCACGCCACCAACGUGUCAUGAAAUAGAAUAUAAAACAUGUAUUUUAUGAUCAGACAAUUCUAUACAAUUAAUAAAUGGAGAAUGAGCAAACAACAGAAAUAGUCAAAUAUAUUUAUUGAAGUUAAAUACAUUUAAAGUAGUGAAUUUAUUGGUUGUGUAGACAAUGUCGUGACAUUGUAGGCACAGGCCUACUUGGCCCAUCUGUUUUUAUAAGGGAUCAGUAAUGACCAUAUCAUAUCAUUUAUAUGGCAGAUUCAACGUGUGAAAUACUUUUGUUGACAACAAGGUGCCUUAUUUUUUUUUAUUAUUCUGCCUGAAGAUAGAUUUUUGCAUUUUAUUGCAUUUUUAAUAAAUACAUAUUAUAUUGUAACUC